AUGGCUGUCAAGCAACAGCGGGAGCCAUCCCGUCUCCGAGCAAGCCCCCAGGACGAGCUGCACGAUUUGCUUUGUGUGGGGUUCGGUCCUGCAUCGCUCGCAAUCGCAAUCGCCUUGAACGAUGCCCUGGAUCCUUGUUUGAACAAGUCCACCUCCAGCUCCGGCUGGCAACCUAGAGUCUGCUUUCUGGAGCGUCAGAAGCAGUUCGCCUGGCACCCGGGCAUGUUGCUGCCCGGAUCGAAAAUGCAGAUCUCUUUCAUCAAGGACCUGGCCACCCUCCGUGAUCCCCGCAGCAGUUUCACCUUCCUCAACUACCUUCACCAGAAGGAGCGGUUGAUCCACUUCACAAAUCUGGGCACGUUCACUCCAGCUCGCCUGGAGUUCGAAGAUUAUAUGCGCUGGUGUGCGCAACGAUUCUCCGAUGUGGUUUCUUACGGAGAAGAGGUGAUUGAUGUGGUUCCGGGCAAAACCGACCCUACAGGCUCGGUGGUUGACUAUUUCACUGUUCGCUCCCGCAAUGUCGAGACCGGAGAGAUUUCCUCCAGAACGGCCCGGAAGGUCGUAGUCGCGCUUGGUGGCAGUCCAAAGAUGCCCCCAGGCCUCCCUCAAGACCCCCGGAUCCUGCAUUCGUCCCAGUACUGCACCAAUCUACCCACUCUACUCAGCGACGAGCGCAAACCUUAUAACGUUGCCGUUCUUGGAAGCGGCCAAAGUGCUGCGGAAAUUUUCCACGAUAUUCAGAAGCGAUAUCCUAACUCUAAGACUACCCUGAUUAUGCGGGAUACCGCCAUGCGACCCAGCGAUGACUCCCCAUUCGUCAAUGAACUCUUCAAUCCCGAGAGAAUCGAUAAAUUCUACAACCUUUCUGCGAAUGAACGUCAGCGUUCCCUCAAGGCUGACAAGGCCACUAACUACAGUGUCGUCCGGCUUGAGCUCAUCGAGCAGAUUUUCGACGACAUGUAUACCCAGCGAAUCCAGAACCCUGACGAGACACAGUGGCAACACCGCAUUCUACCUGGCCGUAAAGUCACCCGAGUCGAACAUCAUGGUCCCCAAAGUCGGAUGCGCAUUCACGUUCGCGCCGCUAAGGAUGGAGCAGACAGCUUGGUUGGUGAUGGCAAGGAGACAUUGGAGGUGGAUGCCCUCAUGGUGGCAACGGGUUACAACCGCAAUGCACACGAGCAACUUUUGAAGAACGUACAGCACCUGCGACCGGCGGGGCAGGAAGUGUGGACCCCUGGUCGGGAUUAUCGGGUCGAUAUGGACACCAGCAAAGUUAGCGCCCAUGCAGGCAUUUGGCUUCAGGGCUGCAAUGAGAAGACACAUGGCCUGAGCGACAGUCUUCUGUCCGUCUUGGCCGCUCGAGGCGGGGAGAUGGUGGAAUCGAUUUUUGGUGAACAGCUGUCGGGUGCGACGGUGCCGGCCACCAGAUUGCGCGCCAUGCUGUAA